AGGGCGCCGGAAGUGACGCGAGGCUCUGCGGAGACCAGGAGUUAGACUGUAGGACGAUCUCGGGCACCACGUGUUCCUGGUACUCGCCGGCCGGAGCCCCCGGCUUCCCGGGGCCGGGGGACCUUAGCGGCACCCACACACAGCCUACUUUCCAAGCGGAGCCAUGUCUGGUAACGGCAAUGCGGCUGCAACGGCGGAAGAAAACAGCCCAAAGAUGAGAGUGAUUCGUGUGGGUACCCGCAAGAGCCAGAUGGAAAUUCCAGUCCCUUCAGGAUCUGCCUAACCUAUGAGAGUCUGAAGAGUCUGAGCAGUGGCUGGGAAGGGCAGGACUAAUCCAAAUCUCUACUCGCAGCUUGCUCGCAUACAGACGGACAGUGUGGUGGCAACAUUGAAAGCCUUGUACCCUGGCCUGCAGUUUGAAAUCAUUGCUAUGUCCACCACAGGGGACAAGAUUCUUGAUACCGCACUCUCUAAGAUUGGAGAGAAGAGCCUGUUUACCAAGGAGCUUGAACAUGCCCUGGAGAAGAAUGAAGUGGACCUGGUUGUUCAUUCCUUGAAGGACCUGCCCACUGUGCUUCCUCCUGGCUUCACCAUCGGAGCCAUUUGCAAGCGGGAAAACCCUCAUGAUGCUGUUGUCUUUCACCCAAAAUUUGCUGGGAAGACCCUAGAAACCCUGCCAGAGAAGAGUGUGGUGGGAACCAGCUCCCUGCGGAGAGCAGCCCAGCUGCAGAGAAAGUUCCCGCAUCUGGAGUUCAGGAGUAUUCGGGGAAACCUCAACACCCGGCUUCGGAAGCUGGACGAGCAGCAGGAGUUCAGUGCCAUCAUCCUGGCAACAGCUGGCCUGCAGCGCAUGGGCUGGCACAACCGGGUGGGGCAGAUCCUGCACCCUGAGGAAUGCAUGUAUGCUGUGGGCCAGGGGGCCUUGGGCGUGGAAGUCCGAGCCAAGGACCAGGACAUCUUGGAUCUGGUGGGUGUGCUGCACGAUCCCGAGACUCUGCUUCGCUGCAUCGCUGAAAGGGCCUUCCUGAGGCACCUGGAAGGAGGCUGCAGUGUGCCAGUAGCCGUGCAUACAGCUAUGAAGGAUGGGCAACUGUACCUGACUGGAGGAGUCUGGAGUCUAGACGGCUCAGAUAGCAUACAAGAGACCAUGCAGGCUACCAUCCAUGUCCCUGCCCAGCAUGAAGAUGGCCCUGAGGAUGACCCACAGUUGGUAGGCAUCACUGCUCGUAACAUUCCACGAGGGCCCCAGUUGGCUGCCCAGAACUUGGGCAUCAGCCUGGCCAACUUGCUGCUGAGCAAAGGAGCCAAAAACAUCCUGGAUGUUGCACGGCAGCUUAACGAUGCCCAUUAACUGGUUUGUGGGGCACAGAUGCCUGGGUUGCUGCUGUCCAGUGCCUACAUCCCGGGCCUCAGUGCCCCAUUCUCACUGCUAUCUGGGGAGUGAUUACCCCAGGAGACUGAACUGCAGGGUUCAAGCCUUCCAGGGAUUUGCCUCACCUUGGGGCCUUGACUGCCUUGCCUCCUCAGUAUGUGGGGGCUUCAUCUCUUUAGAGAAGUCCAAGCAACAGCCUUUGAAUGUAACCAACUCUACGAAUAAACCAGUUCUGAAGGUG